UCGUUCAGUUCACUUCAGUAAAGCAGCUUUGUUUUUUUUUUUUUGGGUUUUCGGUUUUCCUUCACCAAACAGCUCACUAACUCGUACUCUCUCUCUCUCUCGUUCUCUCCUAAAACUCACUUUGUGUCUAAUUCCGAUAACACGAAACCCUAGAAAUGGCAUUUUGAUGUGAUUAAAUGGAGUGUAGAGGGCAAGCAACCAUAUCAGUAUUGAUCAAGGCUUUUUGUUUUCAAGUCCAGGCUAAACACAUUCAAAGUCCAUGGCAUUUGAUUUAACUGAUUUUCCAGUUCCACAAGAGAGUAAUUGCUAUAUGCAACUUGGAUGGCAAUGUGACUUUUCCUUUGGUUAUGGGUUUGAUGUGAUUGAAGAAGAUGCUACCAAUGAGAAAUAUUGUAUACAGGUUCUGAGGAUCUUGAUUACAAAGGCUGACACUGAAAUUGACAAACUUGAAAAAGAUUUGGUAUUUCUUCAGAAUGAACUAGCUGGGGUGGAAUAUGAAGAGUGGUUUGAGAUAUGCUGCAAUGCUUUGAGAAAACAGAUAGAUUGUCUUUAUAUUGCGAAUGAACAGCCCCAUGAUCUAAUGGUACUAGACAGUUCUGAUUCUACUGCUCACACUGCUGAACAUCUCGAAGAGAACACAAAAUUUAUUUUUGCGGACUUGAGUGCUGUCGUAAAGGAGGAAAGUCAAGCAUCCAGUAUCAGUUAUACAGAAAGUGGUUCAUUCUUAAAUACAUCUUUGAUCAAUCAAGAGAAGAAAAAUAAUAAUUCAGAAGCAGUUAAGGUCUGUUAUGAACAGCUUAGGCAAAUUGAUGUUAAAGAUUCCAGUCCUAACUCUUUGAAAUCAGAAGCUGGUGACCUUGACGAAAAAGAAGUAUUGAGCAGUGUUAAGACAGAAACUUCUAUGAAGGCUGAAGCCAGAGAACACUGUUUUACUUCUGUGUGCAACAAGGUGAUCCAAACUUCUUUGAACUCCACAGAUGAGAGAAAAUACGAUCUAGAAGUGGUUAUGGAUCAGUCUGCUGAUAUCAUGUCAAAGAAUUCCAAUGGAGGUGGGUUGAAGCAUAUUGUUAACCGCUCCAACAAGAACAAAAAACUGUGCGCUUCUAAUUUAAAAAUUGUAAGUGAUGAAUCAGAAGAAAACAGUUCUGCAUCUAUAGAAGGUGUUAUAGGUGUUGAUUCAGCAUCGAAAUCAAUGAGAAAGAAUGCAAACCUUUCCAAGAGGGUCAAGCUGAUAAGUUUUAUCACAAAAGAUUUGGACUCAAAUAUUUGUGAACCUGAAGAAGGUUAUCCUGAUGUGAAGAGGAUAAUGCGCAAGCCAGAUUUCGAAGUUAACGGAAAUGAGGAAGUCUGCACAUACCGUACUACAACUGCUGGCAAAGAUAAAAUUGUGGAUUCAUCUUCCAAUCCUGAAGGCAAAGUUAACCCUCCAAAAGCAGAGAAGCAGCCUGCAACUGCUGUCAUGCAAGAUGCUAAUGCUGAUGCUUUGAGGCAUGCAACUGGUGUCAGCUGGGGAAGCAACAAUUCUGAUUUGAGGUUCACUGUUCCUAGGCAGGCAAAAGUUGGAAAUUCAUAUAGCAGUAGUGAGUCUACCUGUACUAUAAGCCAAACAACUAUUUCAAGGCAGGAAAAAGGUGGAAAUUCUGAUACUAGUCUUGAUGCUUUGAGACCUGCAACUGGACUGAGCAGGAGGAGAAAUGAUUCUGGUUCUGCACCAACUACUUCCAGACAGUUACGAGUUCAAAAUUCUGAUAUUAGCCCUGCUGCUUUGAGUCAUGCAACUGGCCUGGAUCAAAGGAGAAAUAAUUCUGAUUCUAGAGUACCUGCAUUCAGACAGGCAAUAGUUGGAAAUUGCAGUUUUGAUAAAAAACUCUGUGAUUUUGCUCAUAAGUCUGCAAGUAAGCGUGGGAUGAAAGAAUCCAGUUUAAUUCUGUCUGACGUGUUAAAAUCUUCAAAUUUGUCUUCUGAGGCAAAAGGAAAGAGAAAACCUUCUCUACAAAAUGUCAAGGCCAAAAAAUCAUGUUUGAUAGAUACUCAACAGUCUGCAUUAUCUUCACUUCUGCAUCUACAAGAUGAUAAAGGAAAAAUGACUGCCAAUGCACAGACUGUUGAAAGGAAAACUCAAGGAGAAGACGUUCAAACAGCCGAAUCUGUUGCCAAUAGUGUGAAAUUUAACACUGACUUGUCUGUGAAACCACAAAAAAAUUAUGUAAAGAGGAAAUUCAAGUUAAAUCCACCAAGUGCUAAAGAAUCUGGUUUCCAGUCUGCUGAAAGGAUUCCACAAUCGUCUUUUAUUGCAAAAGCUAAGAGACAAUGGAAAUCUGAGCCUGUCUCUGACAGUUCCAGUUCAGAUCACUCUCUGAAUACAAAGAUAUUGAAGAAAGCAGCUCAACAUGGUCAGUGUGAAGGCAAAGAGAAAGAUAUUGGUUUUGAUGACAGUCAAAAUUCAAUUUCAGUGCCACAAAAGAAAAGAAAAAAGAAUACGAGUAUACCAGAGGUUGUGGAGAUUAAAGGUUCAACUCUUCAAAUUGACUUGUUAAAAUCGCCAAUUCAUUCUACAGGUAAGGAUGAUAUUUGGAUCACAAAAUCAUGCUACAACUCAAUUGAUUCCUGCACUGAGGUAGUGACUUCUUCGCCUUUUUCUACUAGUAAACUAAUGGAACUAAAAAUAGGUGAGCUGAGGACCAUCGCAAAGGAGCAGAAACUAACCAAGUAUUAUAAGCUUCGAAAAACUGAUCUGGUCGAGCGAAUAGCCAAUAAAUUAGGUUCUUGCUAAACUUAGCAGUGGGGUGACGCGUUAAUUGGUUAUCCAUGUUAUCUUGUUUUCUUCCAUAUGUAAAUAUAUGUGGUGGAGAUGUUGAUUGUGUUAUGGAAUUUGAUUGGCUUCGAA